UGCUGGAAGUGUUGUUAUAUCUCAUAACCAACAAGUCGACUAUGUGACUAAAUACUUCUUUUACGUGUUAGUGAACACUAAAGUUUGUUAUGAUAAAUCAGCUGUUGUUUGUUUUCAUAACAAGCUAUGUGACAGAAUCGGUUUUAGGAAUCAGAAUGGAAAAUGCCUCAGAGCCAAUUGACUACAAAAGUGGCGUUUUCCACUCUCUCGACGAGGUUUUCAACGUCUUUAACAUGCCACAGUACAGGAACAUCUCCGAAGUCAAGAGUCUUCUGGACAUGUUUGACAAACAAUGUCAGUUCCAGUCUGGGAAGAAGUACAUGAGGAAUAGGCACAGAAAUGUGUUCGUAGUCAUCGAAGGAACCCCAGGCUCUGGGUCCAGAUAUUUCAGCAUGAAACUGAUGAAGAGUUUAGGAGGAACCUACAUUAUGUCACCUCCCAACUGUUUUGCGGUGUUUCGCCUGUUUUUCGACACACAAGACUUUUUGCUUCGUUCUGCCUUCUACGCCUUGGGAAACUACAUUGUGGCUGAACUUGUCAAAAGGAACUACUUCUUUAAGCCCGUCGUAGUUAACAGGUAUUGGCAAAGCCACGCUUCCAUGUCCCUGACCAAGGAGGCCAUGCAAGGAAGGCCUCUUCCUCCACGGGACUCUCCGCUGUACCGUUGGCCCCGGGAUCUCCUGGUUCCAGACAUCAUCUUCUUCCUGACCAAGGCCCAGAUUGUACACAACCCCAUCGUGGCCGGGUCCAGAGGGGCGAUGAACAAACAUUUUGUUGAUUUGAUGGUGGAGAGCUACAUCCGUAUGAGGGAUCCUCCAGUCAUUGACGUUGACGGUGGAGCUUUCAAGACGAAAACCUACACGACCUUAGUGACACUGACCAAUCUGACGCAACAACAUUUGAGAGACACAUAUGACGCAAUGGGGUACUACAGACCAGCUGAUAAGGUGGUGGCCGCAGCUGCGGCAUGAAGUGGCCAUAGUGUCUACCGUGUCUUUAACUCCUAACGUCAAGAAUUGCGGAAAAACUAUGAAAAUACAUUUCCAGAUUUGAUAAUUGAAGAAUAGAUCAUAAAAAGAUUUCAUACAGUAAAAUAUUUGAAUUACUAUUAAA